AUGACGUACACCCAUUUUCGCCCUUGCCAACAAGGAUAUGUUGCAGGUGCUCCAGCUGGUUUGGAGAACAGGCCUUUGAAAAGGGCACGGAGCAAGGACAAUGGGGGACAAUGGGUCGCGGUUGGUGGUGCGGAUCGGAUGGUGUGUGUUUGGGACGUCGAGAGUGGGCGUGCAUUGUACAAGUAUCAGAACACAGGAACAAGCCGUCAGACAUUUUCGAAAUUGGUUCACAUCAAAGGUCGCAUCAAAGCUAUCCAAGAACACUUGACUCACUUCAACCCUAUCAGCGAGCCAGCUUUAGCUCCAUCCAUAUCUAUUCUUGUGCCAUCUGUGCCUACCGAGUUCAAGGGUCUCCUCGGACCAGAAGAUAUCGAAACCCCUUACUAUGCUGAGGUAGUUUCAGUCUUGAAGAGCGUAUUUGGGCUGACUUCCUUCAGGCAAAACCAACUUGAAGCUAUCAACGUGUUAAGAACGUGCUCAAGUGUCGGAUCCAAAGGGCUUGGCUUCAGCUCGUGCGCUGCGCCCCUUACCCGAGUAUGUGCCCCUAACUUCCGAGGGCUGUUGGACGAUGUCCGGAGGUUGUCGGAUGAGUCUGGAGUCCAAUGUCCGAUGCACGGGAAUUCCGGCGGACGUUCGGGAACGAGGGAUAAGACUAAUCCAGACGAUGUCCGAACUAGAAAGGAAACAACGGAGGACUACCAGAGGUAG